AUGCAAUGUCGCCAGUUGGCACUUGAAGCCGGCAUUGCCAUAAUCCGAAGUGUUCAAAAACCAAAGGAAACCUUGCCAUACAGGAUUUCCACGCAAAACCAAGAGAUAUUUGAAAAAAACAUGAACGCACUUAGAGCAAUCAUAAGUACCAUAAUAUUGUGUGGCAAACAGAACAUCCCUCUUAGAGGCCAUCAAGAUGACAGCACAAGCACGGCAUCCAACAAAGGCAACUUUCAUGCCAUUCGUAUGCUAUUGGGCAACUCUGAUAAAAAUCUUAAAGAACUCUUACUUACUGGUGGGAGAAAUGCUACAAGCACCUCAAAACCUGUACAAGAGGAGGUCAUUCGCAUCACUGGAGAGUUUAUUCGGGCGAAAAUUACACAGCCGAUUCAGAGGGAAGACGCUUUUUUCUCAAUCAUUGGCGAUGAGGUAAUAGAUAAAUACGCAAACCAAGAAAUAUUAAGUGUUUGCCUUAGGUUUUUAGAUCUAAACAACGAUGUUUCACCUAAAAUCAAAGAAGUAUCUUUUGACUAUGUCAAAUAUGAUGAUGAUGGUGCCAGUGCCAUGUCCUCAGAAGCAUGUGGUGUGCAAGGAAGAAUAAGGAGAAUAGCACCGAUGGCACUGUACACUCAUUGCAACAGUCACGUUUUGAAUCUCAGUGUUGCAGCCGCAUGCAGGGAGACUAAAACCAAGGCACAAGGUCUUCUGGCGAAUUUGAAGACAUUCGGAUUCAUUUUCACCUUUUUGAUCACAAAGAAUAGCCUUGGAACACUUAAACCUAUUGCAGCCAAGCUUCAGAAGAAAGACCAAGAUGUCUUCCGAGCGUAUUCUAUGAUUGAUGACACUAUUAAAGCAGUUGCCAGAGUGAGGUCAAACAUAGAGGAAGAAUGUCAUGAAUGGUUCGAAGACGCAUCUAUACUAGCUGAUAAGAUUGGCGCUACAGUCUCAGUACCAAGAAUCACUGGGAGGCAGGAACAUAGGAACAAUGCACCUAGCGUAAACCCGGAAUCGCAUUAUCGUGUUAACGUUGCUAUACCUUUUAUAGAACAUUUAUUGGAAGAAAUGAGUUCAAGAUUCAGCGAAGACAACAGGAUUGGGGCCGAAAUUUUUCCCUUGGUUCCAUCUGCCGUGGUGAAGCAUGACAGUCUUCGUAAUUUAGCAGAAAAGCUGCAAUUUUGGCAACAGGACUUACCUACACCGUCCUCUCUUCUUUCUGAGUUAAGGGAAUGGCAAUACUUUUGGAAACAGUACACACCCACUUUACAGCUACCGGGAAAUCUUAUUGAGUGUGUAAAAUAUGCUGAUGAGGAUAUGUACCCCAACAUACAAAUUUUGCUUAUUAUUGGUUGUACCCUUCCUGUUAGUUCUGCCGAAGCUGAGCGUUCAUUCUCUGGCUUGCGACGAAUCAAGUCAUAUCUCAGAAACAGGAUGUCUGAUGAGCGGUUGUCAGGACUUGCACUCGUGCACUUACAUCAUGACCUUGACAUUGAUGUUGACGAAAUCUGUACAAUUCUUGUAACCAAAAACAAGAGGAGAAUGUUCCAAGGGUGCAUCCUUUACGAGUAG